CCUUAUGAUCAAGUAAUCAAUGCGUUGGUGGAACUAGGAACAGGCUUUUAUUGUGGAAGCCAGGCAAAUAUUUCUUUAUAUAACUUUAUUUAUUUUAUUAUCGUUGAUGUAAAACCGUGAGGGCUACAAAUCUUGUUUUCUUGUUUAUACGUUACCUCGAAUAUACGAGAUGGGUAGUAGAUCGCGUGUUUCCGCCUACAUUCUAUAUCUGUGGUUAGCGUUAUUACAGAUUAUCAGAUUACAAAUUUGCAGCAGAUAAUGCGGAUGUCUGUAAAAACCUGCUUGCAUGAUGCUCACAUAAACGCUUACUCUACCCAAGUGGUUUUCAACCUUUUGUUGGAGAUUAAACCCAAUGCAUCAUUCCAGAAUCUCGAGAAAUCCCUGUGAAACAGUUUAAUUUUCUUUUGUUGUCUGAAUUGUAUAAAAUACGCUGCUCUAACCUAACCAUAGUAGUAUAUUUAUCUCAACCCAGGUCAUUGCAUGAAUCCCACUUACUUCAGCCAUUCGCCCCACAAUACACCCUAACUAGAAAUAGUGGAAGAAGCGGUACCACACAUUUAGAGGAACAUUCAUCAUACUAUAUGCUAUGAUGGAAGUCAGUCAACAAUACCGGUACUGCAUUUGUCAAUCGAAGUAAUGUAUUUUAUAUGAUUUUUCAAACUUGUUAAAAAAUGAUUCUGUAAAUCGUUACCGGUAUAUCAGUAAAUUGACUACUGUGUUUAUUAAUUACAGUAUGGUGUUUGCAUAAGAAAGAAGUAUAAGAAUGUAUUCUCUAAAUUUUUGAUUUUAAAUUCAUUCGACACAAUAGUAUUCUUGAGUCCCUAUCAAGCAAUACUAGUCUUUCCACUCUCUGCUGUUUCUAUAGGAUGAACUUCUACAAGCAAAACGACUUGGAGUGGAUUCGGAAGAAAUAAUCAUGGCGAAUCCUUGUAAGCAAAUUUCACAUUUGCAGACAGCAAAGGAACAUGGCGUAAAAACGACGGUUUUCGACAACGAAGAUGAAUUAAAAAAACUGAAAAAAUAUCAUCCAACAUCAAGAUUGGUUUUGAGGAUUUAUGUCCAAGAGGAUGGUAAGAGAAAUGUUUACAGUUUAAAGUAUGGAGCUACGGCCAAACAAGCUAGGGAUCUUAUACUUAUGGCAAAAGAAUUCCACAUGGACGUCGUCGGCAUCAGUUUCCAUGUCGGCGCAUUACCAGGAGAUAAAUCAGAUCAGUUUAAACGAGCCUUGUUAGAUGCAAAAGGGUUAUUCGAUUUUGCAGAGAAGAAUAAUAUAUCGUUCAGUUUGCUUGAUAUCGGCGGGGGUUUUAGAAUGACGGAUCCUUACUUGCGACAGACUAUGUCUUCGAUUAACACUAUUCUCGAAGAGUUAUUUCCUAUUUCAAAACAUCCCGGCUUGGAAGUAAUAUCUGAACCAGGAGCUUUUCUGACUGACACUGCUUUUACACUGGCGACGAAUGUAAUAGGAAGAAGAGAAAUCAAAAAUCCCGAAAGUACAUACGACUACUAUGUGAAUGAUGGAAAAUUUGGAUCUUUUUUCUCCCUGUUUACGUUGAAUAGAGACAUGAGAUAUUUUUUUAUAUCUGAGAUUGUACACCACACCAUUCAAAAAUUCAGUGACUCAACCUGCGAUGAUGUUUGCAGAUACUUUACGAAAAACGUGAACGGACGACAGAACAUUGAUGACAGCUUUUACGUGUUCGACCUCGGAGAAUUGACAAAGUUGUACGCUCUGUUGGUAGAACUGCUCCCCCGAGUAAAACCAUUCUAUGCAGUAAAAGUUGCUCCUUAUGAUCAAGUAAUCAAUGCGUUGGUGGAACUAGGAACAGGCUUUUAUUGUGGAAGCCAGGAUGAACUUCUUCAAGCAAAACGACUUGGAGUUGAUUCGGAUGAAAUAAUCAUGGCGAAUCCUUGUAAGCAAAUUUCACAUUUGCAGACAGCAAAGGAACAUGGCGUAAAAACGACGGUUUUCGACAACGAAGAUGAAUUAAAAAAACUGAAAAAAUAUCAUCCAACAUCAAGAUUGGUUUUGAGGAUUUAUGUCCAAGAGGAUGGUAAGAGAAAUGUUUACAGUUUAAAGUAUGGAGCUACGGCCAAACAAGCUAGGGAUCUUAUACUUAUGGCAAAAGAAUUCUACAUGGACGUCGUCGGCAUCAGUUUCCAUGUCGGCGCAUUACCAGGAGAUAAAUCAGAUCAGUUUAAACGAGCCUUGUUAGAUGCAAAAGGGUUAUUCGAUUUUGCAGAGAAGAAUAAUAUAUCGUUCAGUUUGCUUGAUAUCGGCGGGGGUUUUAGAAUGACGGAUCCUUACUUGCGACAGACUAUGUCUUCGAUUAACACUAUUCUCGAAGAGUUAUUUCCAGUUUCAAAACAUCCCGGCUUGGAAGUAAUAUCUGAACCAGGAGCUUUUCUGACUGACACUGCUUUUACACUGGCGACGAAUGUAAUAGGAAGAAGAGAAAUCAAAAAUCCCGAAAGUACAUACGACUACUAUGUGAAUGAUGGAAAAUUUGGAUCUUUUUUCUCCCUGUUUACGUUGAAUAGAGACAUGAGAUAUUUUUUUAUAUCUGAGUCAAUGAAGCAAAAAUCAACAUUCAAGUCCAGAGUUUGGGGUCCGGUAUUGACAUCUGAUGAUGAAGUGAUGGACAAGGUUUUUCUUCCCAAACUUGAUAUAGGAGAUUGGAUAUUCUGGAGAAAUAUGGGAGCAUAUUCUUUCGCAUUCAAUUCUAGUUUCAAUGGGUAUAAAACAAAAACAUUUUAUGAUGUCAUUUCAAAAGAAGAUUUGUUACUUUUUCAGCAAUUGUGCAAGAAGAAAACGUCUUCCCGUUUUUGUUUCAAAAACUUAGAAUAUAAAUGAAAAGGGGGAGUAACGAGGAACUCGCUCUAUUUAUUGUUACAAAUAUAUUAUUCACAUAGAUUUAAAGUGACAUAUAAGGAAGAUAGAACAAGUUGCAGUAACUUUUGAUAAAUGCACCAUUUAAUAUUAUUAUUGCUUUGUAUUAUAGAAGAAAUUUAGAAAUAUUAAAUUACACCUACUUUACAUUUUGUGCCCUAUUGGAUAUAAUAUUUAUGUAGAUAUGUGAAUUUCACAUUUAUCCGACUGUUCUCGAAAAUAAUACGGAAAUAGAGUUGUUUUUAUGUCACAUAUGUAUGUCUACAUAUGUAUUACAAUGUUAUUGUACUUUAUAAUGGGACGCUUUACCCUUCCGUAUUUAAAAAAAAGGCUUUUAUGUUUAAUGUAUCCUACCCCUUUACUACUCUUGGGCUUGGAGAAUAACUUAUUUUUGUGAAAAAGGUCAUCAUGGAGUAUGUUUACUGAUGAACCACUAGGAGUGAUUACAAAAAAUACUAAAUACGCUAUUGAAUUUUUAUUUUUCUCCAUAUGAAAUACUAAUUGUACAAUUGUUACAUAUCUAUUUAAGUUGCAACCUUCAUGUCAGAAAACAAUAAUUCAGUCAUGUCACGUUUCAUGCAACUAUAUGUUUUGACAUUGACUGAUUGACAUUGAGUGACUGAAUACCUGCACGAAACGAGACAAUGAGGGAACUCAG